AUGUAUCUCCCAAUACUUGGGCUCACCGUCAUCAAUGCUGGAGUGCUACACUGUCUCUCGAGGUACUCCACCACCUCGUUCUCACAUCUGAGCAACAGAUAUGUCUGGAUCAUCUCGGUCGUCCUGGCCUGGCUCAUGUAUACACUCGACUGGAUGAUCCUCUAUCCUCGUCUACGCAGCCACUUACGAAAGCUCCCCACCGUAAAGGCAGCCAACAUCCUAGGCGAACGUCCUCGAGGUAAGACGCCACUGGCGUGGUUCCAUCGGUAUCCAGAUGCCGAUGUGAUACAUAUGCAUGGGCUCUUCGGCAAGCAGGUUCUCUAUCCUGCCAGCCCAGAAGCACUUCGGGACAUAUUCUCGACCAACAGCUAUCACUGGGCGAAGCCAUGGGGCAUUCGCGCGUUUUUAGCUCGCAUUAUUGGAUUCGGCCUGAUAUUGUCCGAGGGAGAUGCUCAUCGCAACCAACGCAAGUUUCUGACGCCAGCUUUCAAUAUUCGCAACAUCAGAGCGCUAAGCAGCCUGAUGUGGAGCAAGACCAGUAUUUUCUUGGAUCAGUUGGAGAAGGAGAAUGAAGCCCAGGGAAGUGUUGAGAUCACGUACUGGGCUUCACGUCUGACACUUGACAUCAUCGGACCCGCGGCGCUCUCACGCGAUUUUCAGACCAUGACCAGCGCCGACGACCCCAUAGCACACGCCUUCAGAGAGAUCUUGGAGCCUUCCCCUGGGCUGGUCACGUUUAUGGUCUCGAACAUGUUCCUACCGCAAUGGCUGGCGACCCGUUUGCCAGUCCGCGCCAAUGAGAUAAUUGCAAAUCAAUGUUCACGAGUUCGUGAACAGUGCCGUAAUAUCCUGGUUGAAAAACGUGAUAACUUCAAGAAGCUCAAGGCUGCCGAAGAAGGUCGAGAAGAUGACAUAUUGCAGCACAUUAUGUCAACUGGUCAAUUCGGCGAUGAGGAAAUCAUUGAGCAAAUGCUUACGUUCCUGGCUGCCGGCCACGAAACCACGGCGUCGGCCUUGACGUGGUGCACGUAUGUCCUGGCACAAAGGCCAGACCUGCAAUCGCGUCUUCGAGAAGAGAUCCGAAACAACAUAUCCUCGAUGAGUACACCUGUGUCCUCGACAGCCUUGGAGUCUAUGCCUCUCCUCAACGGCGUCUGUGAAGAGGUAUUGCGCCUCUAUCCCACUGUACCAUUGACCAUUCGUGAAGCUCAAUGUGACACCACUAUGGCAGGCAUCCCUAUUCCAAAAGGGGUUGUCGCACUUAUCGUCCCAUAUGCCAUCAACAGACACCCCUCGUACUGGGGAGAAAACGCGUCUGACUUCGUUCCCGAGAGAUGGAUCGAUACUGGUAAAGACGGCACACAGCGGGCCAACAAGCAUGGAGGAGCUCACAGCAAUUACUGCGAAACUACCUUCUUGCAUGGUCCUAGAUCGUGCAUUGGCAGGGACUUUGCCAAAACAGAAUUGAGAUGUGCCGUAGCUGGAAUCGUGGGAAGUUUCGAAUUGGAGUUGCUGGAGCCUGAAAGAGAAGUGGUAAUUGGGGGGACAGUCACUACCAAACCAGUAGGUGGCUUGAAGCUGAAGUUGCGACGUGUGCCUGGAUGGUAA